AUGUUUAAAUUGUAAAAUUCUUUGGAAAACAAACACUAGUUCCCAUCCUAAACUAAAAGAUAUCGUCCUUCCUUAACAAUUCAAAGUGAACCAAAUUACUUAAUAAAUAAAUAACAAAUUUGCGAUCUUUUGAACUUCAAAUUGUCCGGGUAUCUCCCAUCUAGUCAACCUGUAAUACAAAGAAACUUGAGAAUAAGACCUUCCUUAAAGUUAACCAAGAUUACUCCAUCUGUGACUGAAUAGACAGAUAACUGUACUCCAAUUAAAAAGAGAACUAUAUCUCUAGGGAACUUGAAGAAAGUUGACUUCCACCCUUCAGUUUUGGUGAUUUAUUCAGAAAACGGAGUUAAGAAGAGAGAAAAGUUAAUAGAUGAGUGUAAAGUUAAAAGGAAAGGUACGCGAAAAAACUGUAUGAUUUUAAUUAAAAAUAAAUGA